GACAUUUGAGAGCAGGAUACCCCUGAAACUCUGGCUACAGUCUGACAGCUGCGAGCGUCAGUUUCUCUGCGAGGAGACGAUUGGCCUCCGCUGUGCGUGGACUGCCGUAGUUGGUGCACUCGAUGUCCAGCUAUGCGACUCUAUAAAUCGACAGACGACGGGAUCCCAUUUCCUGGCAGGCUCAGCAUCACACGAAGCUCACCCUCGCAUCUAGGACUACCCGUUAAAGACGCCCAAGGCCGAAGGCCAGCUCCUGAAGCGUUCGUUGCGUCCGUGUUUACUGUGUCUUCAGCUACACCGGGUCGCCGCUCGCACAGGCAGGCUUCCCGGGCGCUCUCAUCCUGCAGUGAGCCUCUCCAUAAACGUCGAGUAGUCGAAUGGCCAGUUCAUCGAAGAGCUCUCCAUCAAGGGACCAGCCUGGCUCGAAGCUGAGUCUGGUAACACUUGAUCUCUUCCCAAGCUGCACUCGUCGCGCUCCCGCUUCGAGCUUCAGUGCACGGACUAUCAAUAUGUUGCUACCUGAAGCAUUUGGCUCACUCGUUUGCCUUUCGUCCACACCGCAAUUCGUCACAAAGUUUGCGUCCGCCUCCACGACUUUCUUGCCUGUGGCCCACUUCUCGAAGCCUAUAUUCCCAUCCAAAUCUAUCCCUCGUACCCCCGCCAUCAUGGCCGACUUCGACCCCAUUGACGAUGGCGUCGACGACGCUGUCGAGAACGCCGCCGCGCUGGCGAACUGCUGGCUGACUCACUUGCGCGACUUCGACUGCAGCACGACCAGGGGCGGCGUCACAGAGGUCCUCGCGGAGAUUAUCAGCGACGACUCCGACGACCUGAUCGACUACGACGUUGUCGACAAGGCCGAGUGCUACACCAGGAUGCUUGAAGCCAGCUCUGCCCUGCGCGACUGGCUCAAGUUUGAGCACCACACGAAGCCACUCAUCGAUUCCGGCUUCAGCAAACUCCACCUCGCGGUCAACGUCGCCGACUUCAAGGACACGGCGAAGAAAUACAAGUAACACACGCCAAUACGCCUGUCGCCCGCCGUCCCGGACUUGAGGUCCAAGGGCAUUGUGUUCAAGGUUCCCUUCGGCUAUCUGGCGGCCCGUUGCAUGAACCUCGAGACUUCGGCCAUGGACGGGACCGCCGUCGCCAGCGGCGAGAUCGAGCUGAACGAGGACGGCAAGGCCGCGCGCUUUGGGCACCCGGUCGAUCUCCGUCGUCACCUCCUACGCGGUAGAAACAGAUUUAAGAAGGCCCUCGCCGCCUACCUCAGGGCCGCGAUCGGCGGAGUGUACAACCAUCUGGAUGGGCGGAGUAGGCGCUGGAGGGGUGAAGGAGACUGGGUCCUAGUAUGGCCUGGUGUUUAGGUCCGGGUAGCAGGAUGAUACCACAUACUUAUUUCUGGCGUC